GUGAUCGAUCGUGACUCGUUUUGACUGUCGUUGCUAUUUAUAUCUUUAAGAUCUCUCCUUGGAUUAUCCCGUCAACACACUAUAAAAUGCCUUGCAACUCCUGCUCACAUGGAAAUACAGAAUCCUUACCGAUGCCUGACAAGACUCAGAUGAUCCAUGUCAACGGUGCCAACGGCCUGAAUGGUAGUGCCAACGGAAUCAACGGCGCGAACGGUGCCAGUGGACGUAACGUCCAGCUCAGUGAAGCACAACACAAGAAUCCGUAUGGACCACGCGCGUCAGAUUUUCUAAACAACAUAUCGAAUUUCUCCAUCAUCGAGAGUACUCUUCGAGAGGGUGAGCAGUUUGCCAACGCCUUCUUCGAUACCAAAACAAAAAUCGCCAUCGCCAAGGCUCUUGAUGCAUUCGGUGUCGAGUACAUCGAGCUCACUUCUCCCGCUGCAUCUGAGCAGUCACGCGCUGACUGCGAGGCCAUCUGCAAGCUCGGUCUCAAGGCCAAGAUUCUUACCCACAUUCGUUGUCACAUGGACGAUGCCCGGAUCGCUGUCGAAACUGGUGUCGACGGUGUCGAUGUCGUGAUUGGAACAUCUUCGUUCCUGCGCGAAUUCUCCCACGGAAAAGACAUGACGUACAUCACUAAGACCGCCAUCGAAGUCAUCACAUUUGUCAAGUCCAAGGGCAUCGAAGUCCGCUUCUCCUCAGAAGAUUCCUUCCGCUCGGACCUUGUCGAUCUGCUUUCCAUAUACCAGACCGUCGACAAGAUCGGUGUCAACCGUGUGGGCAUAGCCGACACCGUCGGAUGCGCGAACCCCAGACAAGUUUACGACCUCGUUCGUACCCUCCGUGGCGUCGUUGGUUGUGAUAUCGAGAUUCACUUGCACAAUGACACCGGAAUGGCCAUCGCUAACGCCUAUUGCGCAUUGGAGGCUGGCGCAACACACAUCGAUACCUCGGUCCUUGGCAUUGGCGAGCGUGUAGGUAUUACGCCUCUCGGUGGUCUCGUAGCGUGCCUGUAUGCUGCCAACCCUGAAUACGUCAAGGCCAAGUACAAUCUCCCCAUGUUGCGCGAGAUUGAAAACCUCGUCGCAGAGGCAGUAGAGGUCAACGUGCCUUUCAUGAACCCAAUCACCGGCUACUGUGCUUUCACGCACAAGGCUGGUAUUCAUGCCAAGGCAAUCUUGAACAACCCCAGCACAUACGAAAUUUUGAAGCCUGAGGACUUUGGGCUCACCCGAUAUGUGUCGAUUGGACACCGUCUCACUGGUUGGAACGCUGUCAAGUCAAGAGUUGAGCAACUCGGACUCAACCUCACCGACGACCAGGUCAAGGAUGCAACUGCCAAGAUCAAGGAGCUCGCUGAUGUCCGCACCCAAUCCAUGGAUGAUGUCGACUCCCUGCUGCGUAUAUACCACUCCGGCAUCCAGUCUGGAGAGCUUGCAGUCGGUCAAAAGGAAGCCCUUGACCGAUUGCUCCAGCAGCACCGCGAGACCUCGAGAGAACGUCAGCAGCCAGAGGCUGUUACUGCUGCAGCGUAAAAUUGUAGUUGUCUGAGGUUGUCUUUGCUUGGAAAGGAAAAGUCGACUGGUUGGUCGCUCUGUAUCAUGAUAGAAUUGUAGAUGUGUCUAUCCCUAUCUAACGCUUUUCGUGAAACAAAAUGCAUGUAUGAGACCCUUCGCAUUGCUAGACCAGCAACCCCAUGGGCCAUAGCUAUGAUCAUGAUGAGACUCUGGAGUCCAGACAUGUUACCGCUCCUUUCG